AUUUGAUAGGUUAAGAAAACAUGGAAACCAGACGAGAAUUGAAAUUCAAACGUUUGAUUUUUAAUGACAAAAAUAAAAAGAAAAUCGAACAAAGUGAGGAUGUUGCCGUUGCUGUAAAUUUAUUAUUUAUUGAUGGACUUCCUUUUCAAAGUAACCAAGUUGAAUUCUGUCAAGUUCAUGGUACUUUGUUUGAUAUACAAGAAAAUCAGUUUAUUGGACGAACAUGUACUAUACUAAAUACUAGUGAUAUAAAAAAAAGAAAACUUAAUAUUGAAAAAAAUAUCUAUUUCUAUACUUCAAAUGAAGAAAAAUUAAUAUUGAUCAUUGAGUUAUCAGUUCAGAAGAAAGACACUAAAUAUACAGAAUCUGUUGGAUGGGGAAUAUUACAACCAUUACAAUUUAUGAAGAAAAGUACUGACACAUCUUUGAAAAGAUUAAGUCUUUUACAUGGUAGUCCUCGGAUAUUAUUAGUAAUAGGAAAUCCAUUUGAAUUGAAAGAUGGCCAUGCAUUACCCUCCAAAUUACAAUCAACGGAAGUUGUAUAUACAGUACAUCCUCAUUAUGCACUUUUAAAAGUAAAUCAUCUUUUUCCUGAGAAUACUCUUUUAUGUGAUUCUGAUGUCAUACCUGGUCUUAUUUCUACUCAUGAUGAUUUACAGAUAAAAGAUGUACUAAAAAAACCCAAAUUACAGAAAUGUACAACAUGUGUCUUGGAUCAUAUUUUUAUUAAAAUUUCACCUUCGAUUGUUGAUUUUGAAAAUGAAUUAAUUACUAAAGUGAAAGAAGACAAAACUUCAGAGGAGUUAUCAAGUACUGAUAUAGCUGUUGCCGAAAGAAGAUUGAUUGUAGGAGUUCAUAAUAGUUGGAAUUAUAUCCAAGAAAAGGAAGUUCAUCAUUUAGUAAUUGGUAGUAUGAAACAUUAUUCAAAUUCUAGUUUGUCAAAAAUAGCAUCUUCAAAAUCUAAAAAAGAUGGUGAUGAAAUGGUAUUGCUAUUGAGGAAUCGUGUAAAAUUGAAUAUUCCAGAAGAUUUUAAUAUAUUUUUAGUAUUUUUUCUUGAAUAUGUAUUAUCAUUUGUGACAACACCAAAAGAUAGGAAGACAACUACAUUUCCAGUAUUGUUAAAUUGGUGUAAAUGGUUUCCUUUUGUUGAAAAAGUUUCAACAGAUAUAACUUUGAAUCUUAAUUUUGGGCCAGCUGAAAAUGUUGAAGAAAAAUUAUUAUACAGAACUAAAAACAUACAAAUGUCAUUCAACUUUUCUACUCUUAUAGGGAAGAAGAAAGGAUUGAUUCCAUUAAAGAAUGAAGAAAGUAAUCAAGAAUUUGAAAAAUUGGUUUCUCCAAGUAAAAGUUUUAAUGAACCUGAACAAAACGAGACAGAUUCUGCCAGUUCUGUAAUUGAGAAUUUCCCUAAACAUCAAUCUUUUCUGAAGGAAACAGAACUCACUGAAGUAGCUAUUAUAAAUGGUUUUCAGCUUCCUGUCAUACCAGUUAUCAAACAACAAUCUUCUGGAGCAAAGUUUGUUUCAAGAGCAACAUACUCUUUGCUACAGGCUGUUGGGUUUCCUCCUAUUCGGGAUCAACAAGGAAAACUUCCACACAUGGUAGACUCUCUAAACAGUACAGAUUUUGAAAAAGAAAUACAAGAUCCAUAUAUCUGCAAUGAUAUUAUUUUACAGUUUCUUGCUUAUUCUUGCCAUUUAGACAGUAAAAGGUUUUUCCCUCAUGUUUUAUUCUUCACUUUUCAGUUUUACCGAUUUCCACCAAUACAAACUGAGAGAUUGCUGUUAGAAAAUCAAGACAAUAUUAAUUACAAUAAACCAUAUAUAUUGUACUGUUUUCAAAGUGGUGGAAAUAAAAAAACAAAUAUACCAGGAUAUCAUGUGAGAUAUCAUAUAGAUCCAGCUUAUUUGACUCCUGGUGAAAGAAAAGAAUUUUUAAAUUAUAUUUAUUCUCACUGGUUACAUAUUGAUGUUUGGGAUGGUAAUUCAUUACUCUAUGUUGGUACUGCAUCUCUACAACUGAAGUGUUUAUGUAGACAAGGAAGAGAAGCAGUUCAGAGUAUGCUAGAAUUGGAUAUUUGGCAAGAAAAUUAUGUUGAUGAAUGCACAAAUAGAGUAAAUAAUGAAAAAAAAUUACAAGGAAAUUUAUAUUUAAGAAUUGCUAAUAUAGGUUCACCUUCAUCUAUAACAUCUUUGAAAAAAAUUCAUGAUUUAUCUUCUACGAAUUUACUACCUAUUGUCACACCACAGCCUGUAAAUAAACAUGAAUAUAAAGCUUGUUUAGUGACUAAAGCACGUCCAAUUGUAGAAUUAAAUCAGGAAAUCAGUUCCUUUCUUGUUUCACACUUUGAUGACUUGUAUUUAGAAAAUGUUAUUGGGUUAUCUGAAGAAAAAAGAAGAAAAUUGGCAAGAAUGGAAGCAGUCAGAAAAGCUAUUGAAGAAAAUGGAAAUAUUUGUAAAAUGGACAUUUUAUGGAGAAUGGAUUAUUCAUUCAAUAUUCAGAAUUUGCCUAAGCCUGAAAUUGAUCUUGUUCAUAUUUUUCAGGAAUAUGAUACUUCCAACAUUUUAAAUAAUAACAUUAUAAUUUCUCCAUUUCUUAGAGCAAAGUUUGUUUCAAGAGCAACAUACUCUUUGCUACAGGCUGUUGGGUUUCCUCCUAUUCGGGAUCAACAAAGAAAACUUCCACACAUGGUAGACUCUCUAAACAGUACAGAUUUUGAAAAAGAAAUACAAGAUCCAUAUAUCUGCAAUGAUAUUAUUUUACAGUUUCUUGCUUAUUCUUGCCAUUUAGACAGUAAAAGGUUUUUCCCUCAUGUUUUAUUCUUCACUUUUCAGUUUUACCGAUUUCCACCAAUACAAACUGAGAGAUUGCUGUUAGAAAAUCAAGACAAUAUUAAUUACAAUAAACCAUAUAUAUUGUACUGUUUUCAAAGUGGUGAAAAUAAAAAAACAAAUAUACCAGGAUAUCAUGUGAGAUAUCAUAUAGAUCCAGCUUAUUUGACUCCUGGUGAAAGAAAAGAAUUUUUAAAUUAUAUUUAUUCUCACUGGUUACAUAUUGAUGUUUGGGAUGGUAAUUCAUUACUCUAUGUUGGUACUGCAUCUCUACAACUGAAGUGUUUAUGUAGACAAGGAAGAGAAGCAGUUCAGAGUAUGCUAGAAUUGGAUAUUUGGCAAGAAAAUUAUGUUGAUGAAUGCACAAAUAGAGUAAAUAAUGAAAAAAAAUUACAAGGAAAUUUAUAUUUAAGAAUUGCUAAUAUAGGUUCACCUUCAUCUAUAACAUCUUUGAAAAAAAUUCAUGAUUUAUCUUCUACGAAUUUACUACCUAUUGUCACACCACAGCCUGUAAAUAAACAUGAAUAUAAAGCUUGUUUAGUGACUAAAGCACGUCCAAUUGUAGAAUUAAAUCAGGAAAUCAGUUCCUUUCUUGUUUCACACUUUGAUGACUUGUAUUUAGAAAAUGUUAUUGGGUUAUCUGAAGAAAAAAGAAGAAAAUUGGCAAGAAUGGAAGCAGUCAGAAAAGCUAUUGAAGAAAAUGGAAAUAUUUGUAAAAUGAAUAAACAAAAGAUAUUUACAGAUAGAGUCAAGGAUUUUCAUACAAUAGAUGCAUAUAGAGAAAAUCACAAACAUGAAAAUAUAUUGUCAAUAUUACAGAAAUCAAUUACUGUUGAAACAACUAUACAUCCAAUGCUUGGUUCAACAUACUUUUUUGAAUUUGAACUAACUAAUCCUUAUCCUCGAGAACAUAGGAUAUUCAUUGAAUGCCAACAUCCCAGUCUAAAUGUUGUUUUCUGUACAGACGAAUGGAAACAUUUUCGACAGUUAUGGAAAAUUGAGGAAUUUGUUGAAGAGAAUUUCUUUAGUCAGUCAAAUUUUCAAAAGGGAACUAUGCCUCAAUUAUUUGUACGUCCUUAUGAAAAAGUUAGAAUUCCCUUUAAGUAUCUUUCAUUAAAUAACAUUGCUAAAUGUGAGAGUUGGAAGGCUACAUCUGGUCAUAUCUUCACAGCAGAAAUGUUGACAAAGUAUCCAUUGUCUGAUUAUUUCAAGCCUUUCACAAUAAAGGUUAAUUUCAAAACUGAAGAUGCUAAACUUAUUUAUAUUUUAAACAUAAAUAUUCAGCCAGUACCGCCAAACAUACAACAAAGCUUUUAUUUUCUAGUUUCUGAAAAUGCAUUUUUAAAUCGACGAAUAAGAAUAUCAAAGAGAAUUAUAACCUUAAUUAACAGAAAACAUUUUUCUCAAAUAAAUAUUCUGUGUUCUGACAAUAAUGUUAUUUGUGGCGUUCAACGGUCUGAGAAUAUUAAGGAUCAGAUUGAUAUAUAUUUUAAGGCAGCUUGUGGUGAAGCAGGAAUCGAAAGAAGAUUCUAUCUCUUUUUGUAUGACAAUCCUUUUAUGAGUAAACCCAUCCAUACUUGGCUUAUUGAAACUCUUACAGUGCAAAGAAUAGAUAUAUCUUGUCCUAUGGGACAGUGUGUUCAAUCUUCAGUAGUUCUCAAGGGUGCAGAUGAAACACACUUAGUCCAGUGUUUCACUUCUCAUCCGACAGAGCUGCAGUUGUUUCCAAAUGGUUAUUUUACGUUAUCAGCAAACACAUUUCAAGAAUUACAACUUAUUGCCAAAUCAGAUUUACCAGGCACAAAAAAAAUCUAUGUAAACCUAGUCAAUAUGGAAUUCUAUAGUUUAAUGAAAACUUGGCUUAUUGUUCUAAUGUGUCAAAGGCCAACAAUCACAAAAUCAUAUCAAGUGCAAUUAUCAAUAACCAGUCAGGACAUUGCCAUAAAGAGAAUCACAUAUUCCAAUCAAUAUAAUUAUCCAAAAACAUACUUGGUUUCAAGCAGUCAUCCACAACUACUGCAAUUGGCAGAACAGAAAUUCAGCAUCGAACCUAGAAAAAACUAUUCUUUGGGACUCUUAUUUUUCCCUCAACAUAAACCAAUGUCCGAAGAAAUAUUUAUUUUCGUAAAUAAUUUAGAAGGGAAAAAUGAAGAAACAUUUUCCAUCAGAAUGAUUGUUUCUUAACCAUUUUAUAUAAAUUGUAAAUAAUACUAAAUUAUUAAAAUUUUUCUAUUUAUUUAUAACCAAUUCUUUUUGCAUUUUGAUACUUUAUGAAAUCUGCCUAACAUAUUUCAGUUUACUGUUGAAACUGAUAAUCCUAUUAAACUUAUAACAACCAAAAUAAUUUUGAUGUACUAUUUUCUGAUCCUAAAAGAUUAUCAUGAUAUACUGCUUUACUUUUAUAUGUAAGAACCAUUAGUCAAAUUCAAAACACAUUGUUUAUUGACUAACCUACUUUUGCAUAUUUGUAAACUUUUAGACUUAUAUUUAGUAGUAAUAACUACUCUUCCAUUGGAAAUCAUUGCAUCGUCUUUGACCAUUAUGUGGCUUUUUUAAUACUCCUUGUGAUGGUUGCUAUGUUCUACAAAGCUCAUUUUGGCCAAAAUUGUAGAGGUGAAUCAAGCAACAACUAUACACACAAGUAACUGUUGUUGCUGAGGCAGGGAUAGAUGGACUCAAGAUGUUCCUACUUCAUGUUGCUCUACUUGAGUUUCAUUGAUUCUUCUAGUUGUUUUUUUAUGAAUAUUUAUUUAUAAUGUAAAUGAAAAAAGCAAAACUAUUUUAUCUUAGAAUCUGGUUCAGAUCAAUGACAUGUUUUUUUCACUCUAAAUAGACUUAUGCUUCAGCCAGUGUUACAUGAAGUUUUCAUAACAGCUGAAGAAUUACUUUUUAUCUAUAUCUAGUAUUAGGAUGAUUGGCCACAUUCAGUGGUAUGGCCAAUAGGGAAAGGGAGAACCUCAGGUGCCCUGUUUCAUUUAUUAAACCAUAUAUUUUUUAGUAAAGUCCUGUGCAGGGGUGUGCAUUAAGAACUAAUAUUUAU